AUGGCGAAGAAGCGAAAGUCGUCGACUCAGUCAUCGACGCUUGACAGUUUCUUCAUAAAGUUCUCUCCAUGGCAGGGACACAAGAAGCCCAGGCUACAGGAAGAUCUGCCCCGAACUAAGCAGCGGCAAGCCAAGGCCUCUUCUUCUACCACGUUAUCUCCGGAGAUUAUUGUAGUAGAGUCGGAUGAGGAAUGCGUUGAGGUCGUAAGCACCUUUUCACGCGCAAGUGGCUCCCAAGUGCGCCGCCCUCAGAUAUCGCAAACCGCGGGGGGAUCACAGAGCACGCCAAUUGUUUGUGAAGACUGGGUAGACACGUCAUUGACUCGUACACCACCUCGAGCUGUCCGCGUCAUCCCGGACAAGCAUGCAAGUUCCCCGAGCCGUGGAGAAGACAACCAGGAGAACGAUUGGUUUGGGCGUCCCUCUGCUCUUCUCUUGCCAGAUACAUCUGCGGAAUGUCCUGAAUCAGCAGAACCUUGCACAUUCGGUACCCCUUCUGCGCUGCUCUCACCUUCGAUAUCCGAUCCUGCGGGGAUUGACGACGCACGCAUUCUUGUUUUAAAUUUGCCAACUGGCUCCUCCGUACCUCCUGUUCUUGAACCGUCAACGUCAUUCCGGGAUAUUUCUACCGGAGAGCUUAUAGCUCAAGAAUGGGCAACAGGCGACGAUGAAAUGGACCUCGAUGAUCCCGAACUUCUGGCCGAAAUGGCUGAAGAAGAGGUCGUCAAUCUCAAUGUGGCUCUUGAAGACGAAAUCCCUUUUAUCGAAGGGGAUACUGUUACUAGAUGCCCACUUUGCGACGCAGAGCUCAUGAAUCUUACUGCAGCAGACAUGGAAAGACAUGUGAACCUCUGUCUUGAUUCAACAAUAGGAAGCACGUCACUAGCCUCUUCAAGUCCCAAGCCAAUUCCGACAUUUGUGCCACCUGAAUCUUCCCCGACGAAGCCCUUACAUCCAGUAUCUCCUUCUCAACCGCCACAGACACCUAUAAUCGAACAGGAUCCAGUUAUCUCUCCGCCUUACACCGCCAAAAAGACCCAGGUAUUCUCAGUGUUGAUGUCAUCGCACAAAGAAAAUGAGGCAUGGAAAGAAGCGUCAGCUGCCGAGGAUCGCAGCUUUCGUCCCACCAAAGGUAAUGGCGGGCGGCGCAAAGCGCCAUUCUACAAGAUCAUGCAGGGCAUGCCUAUCGCAGUGGAUGCUUUUCGAUACGGCACCAUUCCUGGUAUCUCUGCGUAUUUCCUGACACAUGCCCACUCUGAUCAUUACACUAAUCUCUCGGCCAACUGGAGGAGCGGGCCUAUCUAUUGCUCUGAAGGCACUGCUAACCUUAUUAUCCAUAUGCUUGGUGUUGAUCCACAGUGGGUUCACGCACUCCCGAUGGAUGUCGCAACAAUAAUACCGCAGACAGGUGGUGUGCAGGUGACACUCAUUGAAGCAAACCACUGUCCAGGCUCGUGUCUUUUUCUUUUUGAAGGUCCGCAGACUGUAAACGCUGGAGACAGCGCAUUUAAAUCAUCUUUCGUCGGCUCAAGCAAGACGUUCCGCUACCUGCACUGUGGAGACUUUCGCGCAUCUCCGCGGCACGUCAAUCAUCCGUCGGUGAAGGGCAAGCUGCUUGAUCAUGUCUACCUUGAUACGACAUAUCUGGACCCCAAAGCAAGUUGCUUCAUCACUGCAUGUGCUGAGUUGGCAAGGCGGCUCGUCGUCGGUCAGUCAUUACAUGAUGUAGGAGAUAAUAGUAAGGGUAAGAGGACAAUGGAUAGCUGGCUCACAUCUCCAGAGAAAGAGGGCGCGAAUUACUCGAAACCCGGCCGGGUGCUAGUCGUCGUUGGGACGUACUCCAUUGGAAAAGAACGAAUAGUCAAAGCCAUCGCACACGCACUACAGACGAAGAUCUAUUGCGAUUCGCGCAAGGCUGCUCUUCUUCGCUGUCAGGCUGAUCCUGAACUGGACGCACUGUUGACGAAGGACCCCAUGGAGGGUGGAGUGCACCUUGUACCUCUUAGUGUGAUUGCCUCGGACAGACUGAAAGACUACGUUGAACGAUACAAGGGCCAUUACCAUAAGGCCGUAGGUUUUCGACCCACAGGAUGGACUUUUUCUGCCCCUGCCGGAACGGAUGUGUCGCCUGCCGUCGCGACUGUCAUCUCGCGCUCGCAGAGCCGCAACUUCACCCAUACGCACCUGAAUCCAAUGAAAAACUCAACCGCAGCGCUGCAGAUAUACGGCGUACCGUACUCGGAACACAGCUCGUUCUUCGAGCUGACGUGCUUCGCGCUCUCGGUGAACUGGGGGAAGAUGAUCGCUACGGUUAACGUGGGCAGCGAGAACUCGCGGAAGAAGAUGGAGAAGUGGAUAGAGCGGUGGGAGGCGGAGCGGAAGAAGCGGACAAAGGGCGAGGUGGUGGAGCAGCGAGCAGAAGAUUACUGGUGA